CAGCAACAGUUACUGUUUCAUCAUAAAAACUCCAACAAUGUUCAAGACCACUUUAGCCAAGACUUUCCAAUUAAACUUAAACUCCGCCAGAACCUUUGCUUCUUCUUCUAGUGUUUUAGGUACCAAGGUUUUUUUCAAGACUUCAAUUGGUGGUGUCCCACAAGAGAAGAUUGUCUUUGAAUUAUAUGACGAUGUUGUUCCAAAGACCACUGAAAACUUCAGAGCUUUAUGUACCGGUGAAAAGGGAUUCGGUUAUGCCAACUCUAUCUUCCACAGAGUUAUUCCUAACUUUAUGUUACAAGGUGGUGAUUUCCAAUAUGGUAAAGGUUACGGUGGUUAUUCCAUCUACGGUGACAAGUUCCCAGAUGAAAACUUUAGCAAGCGUCAUACCAGACCUGGUUUAUUAUCCAUGGCCAAUGCUGGUCCAAACACCAACGGUUCUCAAUUUUUCAUCACCACUGUCCCAUGUCCUUGGUUAGACGGUAAGCACGUUGUUUUCGGUGAAGUUGUCGAAGGUUACGAUGUUGUUAAAAAGAUCGAAGCUGAAGGCUCCCAAUCUGGUGCCACUAAGUCCAAGAUUGUCAUCGAAGAAUCUGGUGAAUUAUAAGCUAAAACUACGUGUAGUAUUUUUUUGUAAAUAUAUAGAUGCAAUGCAUUUGACUGAUAU